GCUGGCGCGCCCUCCGCCGUGAACACCACCGCGGAGCGCACGUUUUCCACCGCCGCCGCGAUCGCCCCGUCGUGCCACCUCCCCUUCGCGUCCUGCACGCGCGACACCACCCAAGAGGCCAAGAAGAAGAAGAAGAAACACCAGCGCAGCAAUGGGAUGCUGUGGGCGGGCGGCAGACGACACCGACGGAGCGAGCAGACACGCAGCCGGGCUCGGCGAUUAUGUAAUAUUCCUUGCUGGAGUAGUUUAUUCCGCCUGUGCAGUAACCGCACGGUGAACGUACUAAACCUCACCGCUCGCCGCUUCCAUGCCGGGGUAGCAGCCUGCCAACAUCAGUCAUCAGGCAUCACCGGUGCGCCGGACAAGCGGCGGCGCGGUGACCCGAGCCGAGCGCGCACGCUCCGGGCCGCCGCACGGCGUCGGCCCACGCCCCACGGGGUUCCCGACGACGCCAAUAGCAACAGGGCAGGCACGGAACAAAAGCACCCGGUUCGGCUUCACCCCGCGAGCCAACCAGACCCGAUUCUGGCUUAGUGGCCGCCUCCACCUCACGCACUUAAAUCCCUCGCGCCGCCUCCCCGCUUCCUCCCCAUCCCGCGCCUUCUCCCCGCCCCAUCGCCUCGACCAUGGCAGCGGCGCACCAGGUCUCCGCCGUGAUCUUCGAUCUCGACGGCACCAUCCUGGACACAGAGAGGGCGACGAGGGAUGUCUUGAACGAGUUCUUGGCGGCAUACGGGAAGGUCCCUGACCCGGAGAAGGAAGAGAAGAGGCUGGGGCAGAUGUACCUGGAAUCCACCACCGGGAUCAUCAGAGAUUACGGACUGCCGCUGACCGUCGAGGAGUACUCCAAGGCGAUGCAUCCACUCUACCUGAAAAGGUGGCAAAAGGCCAAUCCGCUUCCAGGAGUGAAGAGGCUUGUCAAGCAUCUUUACAAGAACAGAGUGCCACUCGCAAUUGCUUCAAACUCCAUCAGGAGAAAUAUUGAUCACAAAGUUCCGAAACUAGAAGAUUGGGGAGAGUGUUUUUCUGUUAUUCUUGGUGGAGAUCAAGUCCCUAAUGGAAAGCCUUCCCCUGACAUAUUUCUGGAAUCUGCAAAGCGACUUGGCAUAAAUCCAUCAUCAUGCUUGGUCAUAGAAGAUUCUGUUGUUGGAGUCAAGGGUGCCAAGGCUUCUGGGGCAAAGGCGGUUGCAGUACCAUCACUUCAAAGUCAAAGGAAGCACUAUAAUAUUGCCGAUAUCAUCCUCUAUUCACUUUUGGACUUCGAUCCUGAGCUGUGGGGUCUUCCUCCAUUUGAAGAUCGCAUUCAAGGUGUUUUGCCCAUUGAUCCAUUAAUUUCAACUGCUCAAAUAGGCGAUAGAAUUCUAAACAAUCUUCAUAGGGUAGUUUCAGAUGAACGUACCUACGACUGUAUUCCUGACCAAAUAUCAGGAAUUUAUUUGGGUUGGGCCAAGUCGAAAGUGCAUGGGUUUUCUAAGGUGGUCAUAGGUACUGGGUGGGACUUUUCACAGCAGACCGUCGAAAGAGUGAUGGUAGUAGAGUUUCUUGAUUACUCUGGCAAGAUUGAAACAGAGCCUGUGAAGCUUCUUGUAAUUGGUUACAUCCGGAAGCUACAAAGCACAGAUGAUAUAUUGCAAGCUUUAAGUAUAACUGACGAAGACAGGAGCAUUGCAAGGGACGCAUUGGACCUCCCAACUUUCUCUGAAUAUGCCCACGACCUUCAUUUUUCCUGAGAGUGACCGUAUCUUUGCGAGCUCUCACACCACUUCCUCAGGUUUGGCAUCGUUACUGUUAGCACACAAGUCACAAACAUGACGGCAGCUGCAUUUUCGUCCAGGAAACUCUACAUCAAAUACGUGUUAUUUGAAGAAGAGGAAAAAAAGUAGAGAAAAAAAUACAUGGUCGAUGUUACCAUAUGUUGUAAUAAUUGUUUAGUCUUCAUGUCUUAUAAAAAAAAAUAAUUGUAUCUGUACCUUCUUAAGGGGCAGAGUGAUAGAAAAAUUUAUAAGCAUGAAGGAAUGGUAUAAAUGAACCGCACAGGCUUUAAACGGGACAUGAAUGAAUCGUUGUUUACACAAGCAAUGAUAUUCAGAUUUCCAU